UCCUCAGUGUUUGUCUCUCUAUCUGACUCGUUGCUUCCAUUCAGUCUGCGCUCUUCGGAACAAGAUACGGUGUCUCAUCUCUUCUCUACCAACAAGAAACUAAUCGAAAAACCCUAAAAAAUUCGAUUGAAGUGGCGCAAUCUUAAGCGAGUGCUGCGGCUCUGCUUCCCCAGCUUCUCUGUUCUAGGUACCUGGCUAUGAUUCCGAAUGGAUGCGCCAUGCCCGCCGGGUGCAGUUCUGUGAAUUUGGGGGUGUGCAAGGCAUCGGUUUCUGGUGGCCCUGUCUUGUCAUGUGCUUCCCGCUUUCAAGCUAAGGCGGCUGCGUUUCCAUGCUUGAAUUCAUGGAGAGCUCAGCAGGAAGUUAUGCCACUUUUGAACCCCUGUGCUGCAUCGAGCCCAUUUUUCAGCGGGGAUCACGGUAGCCUGUUACGCACAAUCCCUGCAUUGAAAAGUAGAUGCAAAUCUCGUAUGGCCCCUCAAGCAUCUAAGGAUGUUCCAUACAGUUUUCGGUUCCCUCCAAUGACUAAGAAGCCAAAGUGGUGGUGGAGGACAUUAGCCUGUCUCCCCUAUUUGAUGCCCCUACACGAGACAUGGAUGUAUGCUGAGACAGCGUAUCAUCUACACCCGUUCUUGGAGGACUUUGAAUUCUUAACAUACCCGUUCCUUGGAGCCAUUGGGAGGUUGCCCAGCUGGUUCUUGAUGGCAUACUUUUUCGUUGCGUAUCUGGGAGUUGUGAGGAGAAAGGAAUGGCCUCAUUUCUUCAGGUUUCAUGUGGUGAUGGGCAUGUUGCUGGAGAUUGCCUUGCAGGUGAUAGGGACUGUGAGCCGUUGGAUGCCGCUUGCUGUCUACUGGGGUAAGGUUGGGAUGCACUUCUGGACGGCCAUUGCAUUUGCUUACCUUUUCACCGUGUUGGAGGCCAUACGUUGUGCUCUUGCUGGCAUGUAUGCUGAUAUCCCCUUCGUCUGUGAUGCUGCAUAUAUUCAAAUUCCAUAUGACUAACAGAGUGAACGAAAGCACAACAGAAACUCAUAAAGGAUGUUGUCUUCUCAUUGUUUGGAUUUUGUUGUACGAGAUGAAAACUUGUUAGCCGAAGUAGUUUUUCGAAAAUCUGACAUUUGUGUAAAUGUUUUAAUUGAAUCAGCUUGGUGUGUUCUAGCUGCUGAGUUCUCGUUCGGGUCGUGUUUGCUUAUUUCAUUGUUAAUCAGAAUUAAGGUGUUUUGUUGUUUUUCUGUUCUAA